AUGGACGUUCAAGAAAUUGUGCAGAGUUGUGCGGAGAUCACACUGGAGGACGAGGAGGCUGGGGUCCGGUUUGAGGAGGAGGCCGGCUCGGUGGUGGCGGAGGGUAUUGCGCAACAAUAUUGGCAGAUGGUUGGCCGGUUUCUGACCGACCGUAACGUAAAAUUUGAUGUGAUGAGGCAGGUUAUGACGUCCGUUUGGAGGCCGUUAAUGGGGAUACAGGUUGCCGAGGUGCAACCGAAUCUUUAUCUUUUCACGUUCUAUCAUGACACGGACAUGGCGUAUGUUUUGGAGAAUGGCCCUUGGGCGUUUGAGAACGCCACUCUUGUAUGUCAACCGUUGCGCCCUGGUGAGCAUCCUACUCAAGUAAUGUUGAAUACAAUAGAUUAUUGGAUACAGGUACAUGACCUCCCAGUCGGCUACCGAACUGAUAAGGUUUUGGAGAAGGUGGGAGAUUUUUUAAGGUUUUUUGUUCGUUUGGAUGAAAGGAAUUUCGUUAGGCCAUGGACGAAAUUUUACAAGGUUAAGGUCACGGUUGAAGUAACGGCUCCGUUAAAGAGGCGCAUGAAGAUGAUUUUGCGUGACAAUUCAUGGACACGGGUGAACUUUCUUUACGAACGUUUGCAUAUGUUCUGCUACUUUUGUGGAAAGUUGGGGCAUACGGAUAAAUUCUAUCUUGAUGCUCGUGUGUCUGGCCUAAAACCUGAGCAAUAUCCUUUUAGUAUGAGUUUGAAGGCUGGUGGCAAUUCUCCGGCAAAGGCGGUUGGGGAGAGUUGGCUGCAAAAAGGGGAGUAG